UUAGAGCUGUUUCACGGGAGCGCCUGUCUGGAAAUAAAGUCCAGCAGCCAGUAAAGAGCUGAUUUUAAUUACUUUGUUCUCUGCUGCGUAGCUUGUGAUGUAUGAUCUUAACCUGUGAUAAUACAUUAUAAUCUAUCUGAUAUAUUUUGUAAUAUCAAAUAUAUGUAAGUAAAUAGCACAAUAUUCCCCUAGUUACCUACCAGUACUCCUGAAAUGUAAAAUAGGCUUUUGAAACAUAUAUAUCAGCAUUUUGAAACUAUGUUUUCGCAAAAAACUUUCAAUAUGCAAUUCAAUAUUCAGCAUCACCACAAACUACAACCUCCAGAAGGACCACUAAUUGAAAUGAAGCAAUUCUCUCUGGUGAAAAACUGAUAUUAAUGCAGGAUUUAUCAUUUCCUACAAAUGUGUUGUUUGUUUUUAUGAUGCGAUUUAUCAUUUUGGCAGAAGUAUUUAUAUAUUGAUAAAAGUACAUUUUAUAGUAGAAAACCUGUUAAAAAAUAUCCAAGUGCAUCCAAAUUCAGCACUUGAACCAACCGAAGCCUUAAAAACGGACUCUUCAGGAAAAGUUUGUCAGACAAAAGCAAAUACUCUCCAGCAGGUGGAGGUGGUGUGCUUCCAUGUUGGGUUUGUAUCCUCUAAUGAACAGAAGAAGACAGUUCCUGCUGAACACACACACUGAACCAAACAUACAGCGAGUGCUUCUAACGUUGACUAAACGGGCGGGUCACGUGGGCCAAUGUUCAUGGUCAGGUGCAUUUUGGGAACUUCUGCAAAGAAUUUGACCUCUCGUCCAGUUUUGAGACAACGGAUCAAGCUGCAAAACAGGAUGUCGACCUCACCUCGCCCGGUGGCUGCAGUGUGUCAGAUGACGGCCACCCCGGACAAGGAGGCCAACUUCUCUGCCUGUCAGCAGCUGGUGGAGGAAGCCAAGGAGCGAGGGGCCAGCAUGGUCUUCCUCCCCGAGGGCUUCGACUACAUCGGAUCCAGUCAGGAGGAGACGCUGUCGCUGUCUGAGAGCCUGACGGGGGACACAAUCUCAAAGUACACUCAGCUGGCCAGGAAGUUGGAAGUGUGGCUGUCUCUUGGAGGAUUUCACGAACGAGGACAUGACUGGGAGUCCGACAGGCGAAUCUACAACAGUCAUGUCAUAAUUAACGAUAAAGGUGACGUCGUUUCAGUUUACAGGAAGUCUCAUUUGUUUGAUGUGGAACUGCCAGAGAAAGGCGUGUCUCUUAAAGAAAGUGCCUUCACCGUCCCCGGGCCGUGCCUUGUGUCUCCGGUCCAAACUCCCAUCGGCAAGGUCGGCCUGGGCAUCUGCUAUGACGUGAGAUUCCCCGAGUUAUCUCUGGCUCUGCGAAGGCAUGCGGCCGAGGUUCUGACGUACCCGUCGGCCUUUACCGAAGCGACGGGAGCUGCUCACUGGGAGGUGUUGCUCCGCGCGCGGGCCAUCGAGAACCAGUGCUUCGUCCUGGCGGCGGCGCAGGUCGGCCGGCACACCGAGAAGCGGCGGUCGUACGGCCACGCGUUGGCGGUGGACCCGUGGGGCGAGGUGCUGGCCGACUGCGGCGGGGAGAAGCCCGGCGUGGUGCUGGUGGAGAUGGACCCGGAGAAGGUCCGCGGCACCAGGAGGAGCAUGCCGGUCCAACGGCACCGCAGAGACGCUGGUUUCUAUCGCGGUCUGGAGAGCACAUGACCGCGAGAGGAGAGCCCGAGCUCUUUUGCUGGUUCAGGUCUACGUCACGCUGCACCACCACAAGCACCUAAAGUCAGUUAAUUAAUGAGAGAUCAAAAGAUACAUUGAUUUCAGCUUGUUUAUUAAUGAGGAACACCAGGAGGGGACGGUGGAAACAUUAGCUCACUGUGAGGAAAUAAGCCAAAUGAAGCUGUUGAUAAAUAAAGUGUAAACAUGGAGAAUUCAAUCUGCUCGAGAUGAGAUAAAAAAAUAGUGGAACUGUAGAUUAUCGGAGUUUAUUAUCUCAAAUGUUCUUUCAAUGCUCACUCGGCUCUUCUGGUUUAACUUUUGAGUCUUCACUGCAACAGAUAAUCUAAUUUAUAUUAAUAAUCAGCUCAGACCGAAUGAGUAAUAUUACUCACGUUGGUCGAUAAAUGGAACUUUUGGGUAGUAACAAUAUUAGAAACAGGAGGAAAAUGGUGGUAAAACAUUCCUGUUCUGGUUAAAUUGCAGAUAAUAUAUUGAUAUUUGGGAGCGAAUGGAUAUGUUCAAAUUAGUGAAUUAAAUCAAAAUACUGUCGUGCUGAAGGAUUAUAAACUCAAAACAUCUGAAACAACACCUUCACUUGGUUUGUUUGUCUUCUCUUUCGUAAACAAAAUAAAGAGUUAACUUUCUUCCUUCUGCUUGAGGGCAACACAUCACUGCCUCUGAAUGAUGAUAUCAAAUGAUGAGAUUCUUCUUCUUUUAAAUUAUAUGUAGAAUUAUUCCUCUUUUUGUGUUCACUUCAUUUGUACAGUUGUGUCAGAAUCUUCAUAAUUUGUUG